AUGUCUGGAGGAAGUCUCCUAUUUGCUGCUUACACAGUGCUCCUUCUUCUUCUUCUUCUUGUUCCUUCCUCUUGUUCCCAAACAGCUUCCAAUAAUAUUACAGCUAAUAAAGCUCAUGAUAUCUCUGAUUGCAAUCGUUCCUGUGGAAAUAUUAACAUAAGCUCCCCAUUCCGAUUGAAAGGAGACUCUGAACACUGCGGCAACAAAAGCUUCGAGCUAUCUUGUGAGGCCAAGGGAAAUGGUACUACUCCUCAUGCAGUGCUAUCCUUGUUUUCAGGAAAGUAUUAUGUACAAGCAAUCAAUUACAAUAACUUCACAAUCCGACUUGUGGAUGCUGGUGUUCACAAGAUCAAGGACAACUACUUCUCCCACCCACUCUACUCCUUGACCCGCUUCAACUUUUCUUAUUACUCUAAUUAUACAGGUCCUUAUUAUUACAUCCGUUAUUCUGAUUACCCAAAAGCAUUAUCAAUGUCUAUAAUCUUCCAGAGCUGUGAAAAUCCAAUGAAUCCUUCCGAUCACAUUGUUGAAACAGCUCCAUGCAUCAGUGGGGUCAACAACUAUUCUUCUUCCAAUUCUUCUUUCUCCAAUUUAGCAACAUAUUCUUAUUUCAUAACACUUUGGGCUGGGGAUACCCUAAGUUUAAAAAUUUUGGGGGAUUCCUGCAAAAUAACACUAAUGGUUAUGGUGUCCCCUACAACUGAGGAGCACAUGACGUCUUGCAAAGGAAUAUAUAAUGAAAUAGCGCAUGGCUUUGAACUCUCAUGGCUUCGUCAUGCAUGUAUAGGAAAGUGCGGAUCAGGGGAAUUUUGCGGGCUGAACAGCACCGUCAAUGGAAUUCAAUGCUCACCACUAGGAGGUUAG